AUGAAAGGAGAAACUGUCGUAGGCACCAGGCUGCACUGGCACAGUCACUCACAGCUCGAUCGAAUUGAUGUUGACAAGGUGCUGGCUCAAGUCCGCGCCUUUUGCACUCGUGCAGCUACGUAUUCAGAUGGCGGAAUUUUAAUAGCAGUGGGGCUCCCCAAAGCAAUGGUCAGUUAUAUCACAGCAGGUACAUCGUCUUGUGAAAGCGUAUCCCCUCCUAGCGCCUUUGAGGAUUCUGUACGCGAUUUUAUGGCCAAGUUUCAGAGGGAAGUGUCUUCUGGAUCUUUCGCUGGGCAAGUCGAAAUAAUACCGAUGCUCCAUUGGGGCAAGUUUGUACCGGCCUUAAAUGCAUUGAUUGGAAAGGCAGCUGAUUGUUUUCCGAAAGCAGACAUGUUGAUCCUGCAGUCGCUGGAAGUCAACGUAACUGCAGCUACUGUUGCAACUUUGCAAUCACAUUUCGAUAAGAAAAAGGAUCUAGUUGUUGGAGCAGAACUGCCUGGUCAUGACUUUCAACCCGAACUAUCAAAACAACCAGUCGAGCUGAGCGGCUUGACGUCGCCGUGGAACACUCUUGCUCUCUGGAAUCUUGAGUCGCUGACAAAGGUGGGCUUUGCGCUCAUGGGAGAAGCAUUACGUCUCAAAGUAGACGGGAUUGCGUCAGCCGCAGGCAUUGAAGAAGUCGCUACUAUUUCCAUGUACCAGCAGCUCUACGCGAAAAAUACACUCCCCACGACAGCAAAACUGGUGCGUGUGCCAAGCAUUGCAUGGAAAGUGGAAGAUUUAUAUGACGCUGAGCGUCUCGGUUGGCACCUGAAGAAGAUGGCAAGCAAGCAGCAACGUGCAGCUAAACAGCUCGCCCAUUUUGGUGGAAUAGCACCUGGCCGCGUAUACCACAUAGAAGCACGAAAGGAAGAGCAUAGAUUUUAA